UUUCUAUUUUAAAGUGUGCUGUACAAAUAAAAUCCAUUAUUAUUUAUUUAUUAGAUGAUCGUCUCGGUGAUGCCAGGUGAUAGAUCGGAACCAGCUCAGAUUAUCGUCUCGGUGAUGUCCAGUGAUCCAUCAGAACCAGCUUCCUGUCAGAUGAUUGGACCAGGUAAACAGCCGAACAAUGAAAGCAGGAGUAAAACGGCUGAAAUGACUGUAAUGGACAGGAAUAGUUCCCUCUGCGCAGAUGUUUGCAUAUGUACUUUGGUGAACUACGGUAUGAAAGAUGGUGCAGCUAACAUAAGAAUGUAAGUUAUUGGAGAAGUUUUUUUGCGUCAGAAACACUCGAACGGGAACAGGGAUUUGACCUAAUUUUCCUUUUCCCUUUUUUUAAGCAAGAAAUAUGAAACCAGGUCGCCUUUGGCUACGUCCACCCCUUCACGACCAUUUCGCCGAACGCUAACACGCUCCUUCUCCACCAGUAGUUCUUUAUGUCGUCCUCUUUUUCACAGCAAAAAAGACGGAAGGGUUUAUUUUAUCACAACGGACGCGCGAAGUCUCAAGCGGCACGUUUCCCUCCACUGGCCAUGCUUUACAAGUUAAAAUGAUUGGAUAAACAUAUCCACUUUUUCACUAAAGGGUUUACGUCGUUUUUUUUAUUGUUACUCCUGUGAAUCUAUUUUCUGUCCAGAGUUUUCCACACAACAACGACAUAGAAGACUCUUACGAUUUUUUUAAAAGUAACUUUACGCACGGCAGGCAGUGGAGUGUGUGUGUGUGUGUGUGUUUUUUUUUUAUCCUGUAUGUGUUCGCGUCCGAUCGCUCUCCUGAUGCGCCAACAUCCAGCGGCUACAGCUGCCCGCUGACUGCCCUUUUGUUUUUCUCCGUCCAGAGGUGCAGCGUCUAGAGAGGACUUAACGCAUCCCAACGCGGUCCGCUCCGCUCCGGGGAGAAUGUGAAGCGCUGCUCGCAACCAGGGGGAAAUUAGCACAAGUUUUGGAAGAGGAAAAAAAGAAGAAGAGAAUGGCGAGGCUUUUGAGGAAAGCAUCUCUCGUUCUUGUUCUUCUCGGGGUCUUUAUGUUCACUUUCGCAGCUGUGGAAGCGGAGCCCGAAGUUCAAGAAGAGGAGGAAGAGGAGGAGAGGUCGUGCCAAGGCGCUUUCGACUUGUAUUUUGUUCUUGACAAGUCUGGCAGCGUUAAGAACCACUGGAUCGAGAUUUACUCCUUCGUGGAACAUUUGGCAGAGAAAUUCAUCAGCCCCUUGUUGAGAAUGUCCUUCAUCGUAUUCUCAUCCCGAGGAAACACCAUCAUGUCGCUCACUGAGAACAGGGUGGAGAUUAGGAAAGGCUUGAACAUGCUGAGGAGAGAGAUUCCUGGAGGCGACACGUUUAUGCACCUCGGCCUGGAAAGGGCCAAUGAACAAAUCCUCAAAGAAAACUUUGGUACGGCGAGUGUCAUCAUCGCACUUACGGACGGCGAGUUGAAUGAACAGCAGCUAUACGCCGCUCAGCAUGAGGCGGCCAAAGCACGAUCUCUGGGAGCCAUUGUGUACUGUGUUGGGGUGAAGGACUUCAACGAGACUCAGCUGGCCACCGUUGCUGAUACCAUAGAGCAUGUCUUUCCUGUGAUGGGAGGAUUUCAGGCACUCAGAGGCAUGAUCGACUCUAUCAUCAAGAAGUCCUGCAUCGAGAUCCUUGCAGUCGAGCCCUCCAGUGUGUGUGCUGGAGAGUCGUUCCAAGUGGUCGUCCAGGGCAACGGCUUCUUGCACGCCCGGAACACUGACCAAGUGCUCUGCAGUUUCAAAAUGAAUGAUACAGUCACAAUCAAUGAGAAACCAGCGGAGAUAAAGGACACGUACCUCCUGUGUCCAGCUCCGGUCAUCGACGAGGUCGGCAAGUAAGUCACUCUCCUUCUCUCUCUCCAUCUCUCUCUCACUCUCUCUCCCUCUCUCCCUCUCUCCCUCUCUCUGUAGUUCGAUGGCACCAUUCUGUUGAUCACGCUGCUGGUGUUGUUCCUGUUGUUGGCCAUGCUCUUUAUGUGGUGGUUCUGGCCGCUCUGCUGCACUGUGGUGAUUAGGGAGCCCCCCCCUCCUCCCCCUCCUGAACCGGAAUCUGACGAUGAGGACGGUCUACCGAAGAAGAAGUGGCCCACCGUGGAUGCAUCGUACUACGGAGGGAGAGGAGUGGGCGGAAUCAAAAGAAUGGAGGUGCGUUGGGGAGGGAAGGGUUCGACUGAAGAGGGCGCUAAACUGGAGAAGCCCAAGAAUGCCGUGGUGAAGAUGCCGGACCAAGAGUUCGAGCCCUUUGAACCCAAACCCAAGAAACACUCCAACAGGAAGUCUGCUCAGGGCAGAAAGUGGUACACGCCCAUCCAGGGCAAACUAGAUGCCAUCUGGGCGCUGUUUCGCCGUGGUUACGACCAGGUCUCUCUCAUGCGACCACAACCUGGCGAUCAUGGUCGCUGCAUCAAUUUCACCCGUGUGAAGGAGGAAGCAGCCAAGGCUCCGCCCACCAGGCCAAUACACACGCCCCCUGCGCCGGAUCACCAACCUCUGAUUCGCCAGGCCAGCCCCCCGCCCCCGCAGAGCCCGCCUCCACAGAGCCCGCCUCCUCCGCAGAGCCCCCCCCCCAGGGGCCCGCCUCAAAGCCAGCUGCCUCCUGGUCCCCCCCCCUCACGCACCCCCCCCGGACCCCCGGGCCCCCCUCCCAUGCGCGCCCCGCCCAGCCUCGACCCCAGACACUGAGAGAGAGAGAGAGAGAGAGAGAGUGGCCCCCACCCCCACCACAGCCACCCCCCAGCGAGGAUCCUCAUGAUAUGUCAUAGCCAUACACACACACAGACACACACACACACACACACAGUGUUUAUGUCAUGUCAUGAAAUAGAACUAUCACCUUUUAUUUAUGAGUUGGGGGGGGUAGAUAGCUGGGGGUGUAGGUAGAUAGAUGGGGGGGGGUGGGGGGGUGUAGGUACAUAGCGGGUAGGAAGUGCUUUGUUGCUGGGCAGCAAAAAUUUAAAAUGUUAUUUUAGAAAUUAACAAAAAAAAUUAUGACAAAAAUAAACAAAGGGGAAGUAACGGAUGAAAACAUGUCAUAAACAUUAUUUACAGUGGACUACUGAGAUUCUGAAGAGCAGUCAGGGCCUGUUAAUGCAAAGUAAACAUAUAGCCAUAAAUAGCCAUAAACAUUAUUUACACCCCUUGCUCUGCCAUUAGCAGGCUGACGGACUCACGUUCUGGUCCUGGCAUUUAGCUCGUAUACGCAGUAAGAGUUUGACAUUGGAAUAUGACGUAGAGUCAGAGAUCGAAAUGAUUGGAUGCUUAGUAAAGUCCGCUGUGUUAGCCAAUAGCCCGAGCUCUGUGUUAGCCAUUAGCCUUAGCUCAGAGCUCUGUUAGCCAAUAGCCCGAGCUCUGAGCUGUGUUAGCCAAUAGCCUGAGCUCUGAGCUCUGUGUUAGCCAAUAGCCUAAGCGCUGAGCUGUGUUAGCCAAUAGCCUGAGCUCAGAGCUCUGUGUUAGCCAAUAGCCCCAGCUCAGAGCUCUGUGUUAGCCAAUAGCCUGAGCGCUAAGCUCUGUCUUAGCCAAUAGCCUGAGCGCUGUGUGGGUUUAAAAUUGCACCAAAGUGGGGGAUUUAGGGGGCUUUUACAUGUGGGCUGAAUGUAUGUGGGAUGAACGUUGGGGUGUUUAUGGGUGAAAGAUAAUAAAAGUGAAGGCUACAGUGGUGGGCAUAGUCAUAUUGUCAUGUUUAUGAAAGAGACUUCAGACUGAAAACUCUGUCUGUUUGUAGAGUUUGUGUGUGUGUGUGUUUGUAGUUUGUGUGUGUGUGUGGAUGUGAAUGAAAAGGUGCAAUGAUAGAGGCUAAAGGUAUGGUGUCUGACUUGAAGUGUGUGAGUUGUGGUCGGUCAGAAAUGUCCGUUCUGUUUAAAGUCUUCUUGCCUCUGUAACCCCUGUGGCAAGUCAAGACGUCCGCUUAUGCGUACGACACCUUUCUCAAUACUCUCUCAAUGCCUUCAGACACCAAGCAUAAGAACCGUAAAACAUCUUUUCUCAAAAGUAUACAAAUGUACUUUUUUUCCCCAUAUUUGUCUUUUUUUUGUUUGUUUAUUUCUUACCUUGUUUUUAUGAUAAACACGAAUGAAAAUGCUCAAAUCAGUACACAGUCAGGUCAGUUUUUGUCAUUGCAGAUUUCCACUCUCUACUGGACUCUUUGUUUGUCUGUUUCUUUGUUUGUUUGUUUGGUUUUUUGCAUUUUGUUUGUUUAUUUGGGUUUUGUUUCCGAUGAGGGCUUCCGUAACCCAGGGCAACUGCAGGGCAGUUUUUCAGGAGCUAAUUUAUUUUCCCCAGCUGGCCGGAGAGGAGAGAGCAGGAGUACGACAAGGCGUCCGCACGACGCUGUGCAUUUACCACACACACACACACACAUGCAUACCAAGGCGUCCGCUGAGCUAGCACGACGCUGAGUUAGCACGACGCUGAGUUAGCGCGAUGCUAAGUUAGCACGACGCUGAGUUAGCACGACGCUGAGUUAGCACGACGCUGUGCAUUUACCAAACACACACACACACACACACACACACACACAGAAAUACACAUCACUGAAACCUAGAUAAUACUAGAUAAUCCUUUUACCUUCUGGAAACAUCAAAUAUGAGUUUUGUACCUUUUUAUUACUAUGAUUAUUUUGUUUUGUUUUGUUUAUCACAUCAGAUAUGGUCUAAGUGUAGUCAUGUGUUUGAUCAUACUCUUGCAGUCUUUUAGUACGAUGAACAGUCGAGUGUUUCAGUUACCCCCCCCCCCUUCAGUUCUGUGACCAUCAUUUCCCUCCAUCAACCACAUUCAGUUGGCUUGAAACUCCAUGUUAAUUGGCCUUACUGUCACAGACAAACAGGCCAGGGUGAGCUGGAGUGGUGGCCAUGUCUCAAAGCUCAAUAUCCAAUCAAUGCCUGUUUUCCUCGAUGAACACACACACAUACACAUACACACACACCUACAGAGAACUUGUUUGGUGUUUGACGUGUGUUUGCCCAAGAAUAAACUUGUGGGAGAGGAAAAUAGGGGGAAUGAGGUAUUAGCUACCGGGCCGCUCAAUGCUAGCUCAAUGCUUGCUCUUGUUCUCUGUAUUACCAUCAGUAUUGAAUGAGGUAUUAGCUAACGGCCACUCAAUGCUAGCUCAAUGCUAGCUCUCAUUCUCUGUAUUACCAUCAGUACUGAAUGAGGUAUUAGCUACCGGGCCACUCAAUGCUAGCUCUUGUUCUCUGUAUUACCAUCAGUACUGAAUGAGGUAUUAGCUACCGGGCCACUCAAUGCUAGCUCAAUGCUAGCUCUUGUUCUCUGUAUUACCAUCAGUAUUGAAUGAGGUAUUAGCUACCGGCCACUCAAUGCUAGCUCAAUGCUAGCUCUCAUUCUCUGUAUUACCAUCAGUACUGAAUGAGGUAUUAGCUACCGGGCCACUCAAUGCUAGCUCUUGUUCUCUGUAUUACCAUCAGUACUGAAUGAGGUAUUAGCUACCGGGCCACUCAAUGCUAGCUCAAUGCUAGCUCUUGUUCUCUGUAUUACCAUCAGUACUGAAUGAGGUAUUAGCUACCGGGCCACUCAAUACUAGCUCAAUGCUAGCUCUAUGCUAGCUCAAUACUAGCUCAAUGCUAGCUCUUGUUCUCUGUAUUACCAUCAGUACUGACGCAAAUAGCCGAAGAUGCAUUAAAAGUGUUUUUACAGUAUAAAUAAAGGUGAACUCCAAGCUUCUUGCCUGA